UAUAUAUAUACAGAAAUUGAUUGAAAUAAAUAAUUAUAAAGAUAUAUUUAAGGAAUUGAAUAAAUAAUAAAUCUUAAAUUAUUUAUAAAAAGCAUUAAAAAUGUUAAAUUGCAAAAAAUUUGCUAUUAUUUUAUUUUUGUUUUUUAUUGGCAAAGUGAAUAGUAAGAGCCAUUGGAAUCGAAUACCGAGAUCAAACAAUGAUUUCGAUGUUUUAAUUUUUACUCAACAUUGGCCUCAAACUGUUUGCUUCACAUGGAAAGAAAAGUCAACAUCGAAUACGUGUUCGUUACCAAAAGAGCAUGAUGAGUGGACGAUUCAUGGUAUUUGGCCAUCUCAAUAUCAUAAAAUUGGUCCACAAUUCUGUAAUAAAUUACCAUUCAAUUCGACCGCAUUAGAACCAUUAAAAGAGAAAUUACAAGAAAAAUGGAUAGACAUAGAAAAAGGAAGAACUUCUUAUUCAUUUUGGCAACAUGAAUGGGAUAAACAUGGCACUUGCGCGAUAGUAUUGAAAGAAUUAAAUACUGAAAAUAAAUAUUUUGCAAAAGGUUUAGAAUUAUUAUCAACUUACAAUAUGAAAAAUGUAUUGACAAAAGCGAAUAUUAUUCCUGGACAAACAUAUAAUAAAACAGAAAUUUUAAAUGCUAUUGAACAACAAUUAAAUACACGAGGAAUAUUAAUUUGUCAAGAAAAUAAGGUAAAUAAAUAAGAAUUUAUUUUGUUC